AUGUACCACUUCAGUGGUAAGAUGGCCCCUGUCUACUUAAGUGGUAAGAUGGCCCCUGUCUACAACAGUGGUAAGAUGGGCCCUGUCUACAACAGUGGUAAGAUGGCCCCUGUCUACAACAGUGGUAAGAUGGCCCCUGUCUACAACAGUGGUAAGAUGGCCUCUGUCUACAACAGUCGUAAGAUGGCCCCUGUCUACUACAGUGGUAAUAUGGGCCCUGUCUACAACAGUGGUAAGAUGGCCCCUGUCCACUUCAGUGGUAAGAUGGCCCCUGUCUACUACAGUGGUAAGAUGGCCCCUGUCUACUACAGUGGUAAUAUGGGCCCUGUCUACUACAGUGGUAAGAUGGCCCCUGUCUACUACAGUGGUAAUAUGGGCCCUGUCUACUACAGUGGUAAGAUGGCCCCUGUCUACUACAGUGGUACGAUGGCCCCUGUCCACUACAGUGGUAAGAUGGCCCUUGUCCACUUCAGUGGUAAGAUGGCCCCUGUCCACUACAGUGGUAAGAUGGCCCCUGUCUACUACAGUGGUAAGAUGGCCCCUGUCCACUACAGUGGUAAGAUGUUAUGUCCACUUCAGUGA